UACGCUUAUCUCUAGCUGAAUACGAUGCAUAGCCAUUCGAGUACCACUGCAGUGUGCAUCGAGCUGCUUUUUCUCAUCGUUGCUGUGGAAGCUUCCCGGGGACCAAACGAGCUCCAACGAGACGUCCCAGACGCCUUCAAGACAUUUCAAGCCUUUGCCCAUCCCAUCGCGGCAAUGGGCAACGACAGCGACCCUGUUCUUGAGUGCGCCUCUGCACGCAGGGCAGAGAUUGAUCCGGAGACACAGACUGCUACGUACGUUUGGUCAUUGGCUGGAGAGGACGGCAAAGGGAGACAGCACAUUCCUUUUUACAAUAAGCCAGGUGAUUCACCGGAUGUCACUCUGUUCACCGUCGGCUCAAAAAGCGGUCCGGUUGAAGUUGGUCGCUUCCGCUACACGGACUACAAGAAUUGCGCCAUUCUAGAAAUGUCUCACUUCGGAGACCAAUGCGCACUUUGGGUCGCGUAUGAGGUGCGAGACUACAUCCCUGCAGUUUGUGUGGAACAAUACUUCGACAUAUGUGGUGAAGGCGUCUCAGUUUACUACAAGAAGGAGGCAUGCAAGGACGCCUACAACUAGGCACAGGUGCAGCAUGGCCGAAGCGACGACGGACAGACGCGACAUAGCGACUCUUCAUCGACCGAAUUCCGCGGUUACUCCUGUAAGCCAGGCGCAACCUUGGAAAUGCCCAAACGCUGAAACGUUUGGCUACGUCAAUAAACGCAA